UAAUGAAAGCUACUGUGAUCACUGAAAUAACCAGAAAUGGACAAAAGUAAUACUAGAUACAAAAAAAAAAACAGUGAAAAUCUGCAAAUGAAAACCUUAAACUGCUGUUCGCUCUUAUAAUAAACAGGUGACUUGGUCUCAGUGAGAGGCUGAAACGAGGUGUGUCAUCUCUAGUCGGCAUCAAAAGUGUCUUCAUCAAACAUCUGCGCCUUCAUUAUCCUUUGUAGAUUUUUUUUAAAUUGUUCACUUUCAACAGUUGGGUUUUUAUGUUGUCUCAUAAUGUGAUAGUUCAAUCUGACAAUGAUGCCCUUUGAGUUCACCUUCAAAGAACCACUGAUCAUCGAUAUAUAGUAAAAAUGUUGCUAGUGGUCUUUCUGUUAUGAUUAUGCCGUUUUUAUGCGUACUACUAUACAAAACUGUCACAUUUUCUAAGAAAUCAUUUCUGCAGCGCGGCAGCAGUUCGUUAGAAAUUUGCCUUUGAAUUGUGGGCGGGGCAAGGAGCUUGCGGCCCGCCCAGAGGAUUUUCUAAAAAGUCACAGAUAAACUCUUAAAAAUCUGUCUAAUCUGUCUCGUCUGUCUAAGCGUCCAAAAUAUAAAUUUUGGACGUUGGUCAUGCUGUAGUAUCGCGAGACCCGACGAGACGAGUGUGGUGAUUCAACUUGGCAGCACCUGACAAGUUGAACAAACAUUUUGGUCUUGUUUCAUUAUACCGCCACAUUAAAAUAAUCCAGUAAAUUAACAAUCAUUAAAAAAUUUACAUUUUGAUCUUUAUAUUCAUAAUAUAUCAGAAAAAUGCCACAAGAACAUGUUCAAACCAGGAUUUUCAUAGGAGUGGGUCUUUCAUGUUCUGGGCUUUUUUUGUCUGUGUGUGUUUUCAAUGUCUGUGAUGCACUUUUUUACAUAUUAUUUCCACCUUUUUAUGGGGCUUUGUCAUUGGUUUCUUUAUUUGUAUGAAGAAUAAAAUCAGAAUUUAAAUGAGUUAAUUUGUGAAAACGUUUUGUUUUGUUAAUUUAAAGCUGCCUCCGGGGCGUUUUCUUCAACAAAGCUGCGCUCAAAUCUCAGGGUUAUUUUAAGAUGGGAGUGACACAGCAUCGAAAAAUUCGGCCGUUUUUUUUCUCCUGCGGCGGUGGGCGUGGCUUCGGGCUUCAUCCAGUUAACGGGACUGGCUUGUUUUUAGUCUCUUCUUUUCUGCCUUCACUCAAAACAAACUCAGAAACUUGCAGGUUAUUUUAUUUUAUCCACCUUUAACCGAACACCUGGUCGGACACUGUACCCACUUGCGCGGUUUGUUCUUCCAGGUUCCGACUCUAGAUAUGGAGCUUUAGCCGUUAAGUUAGUCGGGAGUCCAGAAAAGAUCAUGCAAAACGACAAAUCGGAGCCGACGGAGCCCAAGGGCGCCGAGGGUUCGAACCCGCCGAGUGACGGCGCUGAGGAUCCCGUCAAAGUCAAGGGGAUCAGCGCCGUGGCGGUGCUGUGGACCUUCGGGAAAUGCCUGAGCGCCUUGCUCCCCGUCUACCUCGCCGGUUAUUACCGGGUGAGCACCAGCCUGCUGGUCUUCGGCAUGAUGGUUUACACGGGAUGGAAACACGUCCGAGAAGCGAAGGAGGAGCGCCUAAGGUCGGCCAUGCAGCUGCUCAGCGACGGGGACGAUUACGCAUCCAGCAGGCUCUCCAAAAUCAAGCGAGAUCUUCCAGCCUGGGUAAACUUUCCUGAUGUAGAAAAAGUGGAAUGGCUAAAUAAGGUACUGCAGCAGGUGUGGCCCUUUGUCGGCCAGUACUUGGAAAAGCUGUUGGUGGAAACUAUUGCUCCAUCCAUCAGAGCCUCCACCACCCACCUUCAGACCUUUAAUUUCACUAAGGUCGACAUGGGAGACAAGGCCAUGAAGGUUGUGGGAAUCAAGGCCCACACAGAGAACGAUAAAGGACAAGUCCUGUUAGAUCUCUACAUCAGUUAUGUUGGGAAUGUGGAGAUUAACGUUGAAGUGAAAAGAUACUUCUGCAAGGCUGGAGUCAAGGGAAUACAGCUUCAUGGGAUGAUGCGUGUGAUUCUGGAGCCUCUGAUUGGCGAUGUGCCCAUUGUGGGCGCAGUUACCAUGUUUUUCAUCCGUCGUCCUAAACUAGACAUCAACUGGACUGGACUGACAAAUUUGUUUGACAUUCCUGGAGUGAACGCCAAGUCAGACAGCAUGAUUAUGGAUGCCAUCGCUUCGUUCUUGGUGUUGCCGAACCGGCUGGUUGUCCCACUGGUUCCUGAUUUGCACUUGGCCCAGUUACGCUGUCCUCUUCCCAGGGGUGUGGUUCGAAUUCACCUGUUGGAGGCACAGAAUUUGCCAGCCAAGGACCACAAUGUAAAGGGGGUGAUGGCCGGCCUGUCCGACCCCUAUGCCGUAUUAAGGGUGGGGCCUCAGACAUUUACAUCCAAACACAUUGACAAUACGGACUGUCCCAAGUGGGGAGAGAUGUAUGAGGUAAUAGUCCAUGAGGUGCCAGGUCAGGAGUUGGAGGUGGAGGUGUACGACAAAGACAGAGACCAAGACGAUUUUCUGGGAAGGACCAAACUGGAUUUGGGCGUUGUUAAAAAUUCCAUUGUUGUGGACGAUUGGUUCACACUGAAGGAAUCUUCAUCUGGACGGAUUCACUUCAGGCUGGAGUGGCUCUCCUUGCUUCCCAACACUGAUAAAUUAGAACAGGUCUUAAAGAAGAGCAAGGCCGUCACUGGAAAGAAUUUGGAGCCACUUUCUUCUGCCGUUUUGGUUGUGUAUCUAGACAAGGCUAAGGCACUUCCUAUGACAAAGGGAAAUAAAGAGCCAAACCCCACGGUCCACAUAUCUGUUCAGGACACGAAAAGAGAGAGCAAGACCUGCUACACAACUAUUGAUCCAGAGUGGGAGCAAGCUUUUACCUUCUUCAUUCAGGAUCCCCACAAACAGGACAUAGACUUUCAGGUCAAGGACGUUGACAGCAAGCAGCUUUUGGGCAGCCUGAGAAUCCCUCUUCCUCGCAUUCUGGAAGAGUCUAGCCUGUCUUUGGACCAGUGGUUCCAGUUGGAAAACUCUGGACCAGCCAGUCGCAUCUAUGUCAAUGCAGUUCUCAGGGUCUUGUGGUUGGAUGAAGAAAAUAUUAAAUCUGAUGUGUCAUCCGGUGUAGCAGCUGCAAUGCAGAAACCGCUGCCCCAGAAGUCCUCCCCCCAUCCGAGCUUUGCUACAGAGGGUCUUCUUAGGAUUCACUUGUUGGCAGGUCAAAAUCUUGUUCCAAAAGACAAUUGGAUAGGCAGCAUGUUGAAAGGCAAGAGCGACCCCUACGUCAAGAUCAGCAUUGGGGGUGAAACCUUCACUAGCCAAACCAUCAAAGAAAACCUGAAUCCCACCUGGAAUGAGAUGUAUGAGGUGAUUCUUACCCAGCUCCCGGGCCAGGAGCUGCAUCUGGAGGUGUUUGAUAAAGACAUGGAUAUGAAGGAUGACUUCAUGGGCAGGCUGAGGAUCGAUUUGAAGGACAUCAUUGACGCCCAAUACGCAGAUCAGUGGUACGCCCUGAGUGAUGUGAAGUCUGGGCGGGUUCACCUCGUGCUCGAGUGGGUUCCGACAUCCUCAGAAGCAGACAGAUUGGACCAAGCUCUCCAGUUCUACUCCAGACAGUCUUUCCAAAACAAGGCCGUGGCCUCUGCAGGUCUCCUCUUUGUUUUUGUUGAGCAGGCAUAUGGCUUACCGGUCAAAAAGAGUGGAAAAGAUCCAAAAGCAGGAGCGGAGUUGAUUCUUGGGAAAGUGUCCCAUAAAACCACAGUGUGCGAUCGGACAACAUCUCCUCAUUGGAAUGAGGCUUUUUGCUUCCUGGUGCGCGACCCCAGAGAAGAAGUUCUGAUACUUAAGCUUUCCCACAGCUGGACCCUGCCCAUUGGCUCUUUGGUUGUUCCAAUGAGAGAACUGCUUUCUGAGACGGACCUGGUUCUGGAUCGGUGGUUCCACCUGGAUGGAGCGUCACCUGAAAGCCAGAUCCAAUUGAGAAUCGAACUGAAAGUGCUGAUUUCUACUAAAUGUCCUGGUGCUGCUGAAAAGCCUAAGGUCAAUGCAGCAGCUGAUCAUCCACCAGCCAAACACAAGUCAGAGGCAGACACGGCUCUUAAGUCAAGUUCAGUGGACACUCCCAUGGAGACCAUAACCUCCUCUGUGAUUUCUGAUGAAGUAAUUCAAGGAAAAGAAACUGAAAACGAUGUCAACAAGGAUGAGACAGAAGAAUCCCAAAGUCCUGCUACAAUGCAGCCCCUUCAUACUUCACCACACCUUAGCUUUGCCACUGAGGGACUGCUGAGAAUCAUCCUGUUGGAGGCUCAGGAUCUGAUUGCUAAAGACAACAGGUUUGGGCACAUGGUGAAAGGCAAGAGUGACCCCUAUGCUGUAAUCAGUGUUGGAGAGUUCUUGUUCAAGAGCAAUGUGGUUGAAGAAAAUCUCAGUCCAGUCUGGAAUGAGAUGUAUGAGGUGGUGCUCAGGCCUCAGUCUGGACAGGAAGUGCAGGUGGAGCUGUUUGACAAAGACCUCAACAAAGAUGACUUCCUUGGCAGGUUCAAAAUCUGCGUGUCUGACAUAAUCCAAUCCCAGUUCAAGGACCAGUGGUACACUCUCAACGAUGUGAAUUCAGGUCGUGUUCGUCUGAUAACUGAGUGGGUUCCAACUGUGUCGCGAAAUGACGCCCUGGCUCAAGUGAUGCAGCUGCAGUCGCUGCAGUCUUACCGGAACAAGGCAGUUCCGUCUGCAGCGCUGCUCUUUGUUUUCAUGGACAGAGCACGCAUGCUUCCUUUUAAGAAAAGUGGAAAGGAGCCCAAAGCAGGAGCGGAACUUUUGUUGGGCAACACUACAUACAAAACAAAGGUGUGUGAGCGCUCCACGUCCCCCCAGUGGAGUGAAGCGUUUCACUUCUUGGUUCACAAGCCCAAAGAGGAAAUGCUGAUAGUGAAGCUGUCCAGUGCAUGGGACCAGCCAAUGGGAUCUCUGGUAGUUCCUGUGAAGGAACUGCUGUCUGAACCUCAGCUGGUUCUGGACAAGUGGCUGCACCUGGAUGGCGCUUCACCUGAAAGUGAAAUUCUGCUCAGAGCUGAGCUCAAGAUCCUUGACACACGGAUGACAGACGUCCCAAAACCGUCUGCUGCUGCUUCCAAGAAAGAAGUUGAUGCAGAAAAAAUUCCCAAAGCAGCACAUGUGGAGGAAAAAAGUUCUGAACUGCCUGCAACCCAAUCUCCUAAGGUGUCAGAGCCCCAGAAAGAGCCUGAAGCCGCACAUCCGGACCUCUCCACAGAAAAGCCUGAUCCCAGGAAACCAGCUGAUGUUCAAACCACACUGGAUGUGUGUCCUUCCUCUGCGACGAUAAAGGAACAAUCCCAGGAUUUAAAAACACAUCAUGAGCCAAGCGCCCAAACAGACUGCACUACCAUGGAGGACCUCGCUCAGUCUACAUUCUCAGGUCUUCCCACUGAUAAAAAGCCAUCUGCAAAAGUCAGUGAAAUCCCUAAAGCGGAGACCGCUCUUCAAUCACGCACCACGCCACCCAGAGACUUUGGGAAAGAGGGGGUGCUGAGGAUCCAUCUGCUGGAGGCAAAGAAUCUGGUGGCAAAGGACAUCGUUCUGGGAAAGGGCAAAAGCGACCCAUAUGUAAAAAUCAACAUUGGGGGGUUUAUGUUUAAGAGUCAUGUUAUCAAAGAGAAUCUAAACCCAACAUGGAAUGAAAUGUAUGAGGUGGUUCUGAGUGGGAACCAUGACCAGGACAUCAAGUUUGAAGCAUUCGAUAAGGAUUUGAACUCUGACGACUUCCUGGGGAGAUUUAGUGUUCGGCUGAAUGAGGUCAUGAGUGCACAGUACACAGAUCAGUGGUUCACCCUCAAGGAUGUGAAGUCUGGACAAGUUCAUGUAAUUCUGGAGUGGGUUCCUACAGUGUCAAGUUCUAUCAGACUGGACCAGGUGAUGCAGUUGGAGUCGCUCCAGUCUUACCAGAAUAAAGCGGUCCCCUCUGCAGCGCUGCUCUUUGUUUACAUCCAGGCAGCACAGUCACUGCCUCUAAAGAAGAGUGGAAAAGAGCCCAGAGCAGGAGCCGAGCUCGUUCUGGGAGAAGCUUCCUCCAAAACCAAACUGUGUGACCGCAGUGCCAAUCCUCAGUGGAAUGAAUCUUUUCACUUUGUGGUUCGUGACCCAAAACGUCAGACUCUCAUCGUGAAGCUCUCGAGCGGUUGGGACGAACCAAUGGGAUCUUUGGUUGUUCCUGUGAGGGAGCUGCUCUCAGAACCAGAGCUGGUUCUGGACCGCUGGUUCCAUCUGGAUGGAGCCUCAGCUUACAGCCAGAUCCUGCUGCGGGCUGAACUCAAGAUUCUGAACACUAAAAUGUUGCAUCUGAUCGGUACGGAGGCUCUUCCGUGUGCCGCGGCAAGCGCCGGACAGUUGAAGAUGUCUCUCACAUACGCCCCUCAGCAGAAAAAACUAGUGGUUCUCGUCCAUGCCUGCAGAGGCCUUUUGGCACAAAGUAAGGAUGGAGUAGACAGCUAUGUCUCUCUCAUGUUGCUGCCAGACAAAACCAAAGCCACCAAGAGAAAGACCGCCGUGAAGAAAAAAGACCUCAACCCCGAGUACAAUGAAAGGUUUGAGUUUGAUCUGCCGGAGCAGGAGGUUCCAUUCAAGUGCCUCAGUGCAUCUGUGAAAAAUAACUCCUUCAGAGGCAAAGAUGUUAUUGGACAGGUUCAGGUUGAGUUAGCUCAGAUGGAUCUAAAGUCUGGAAUCACACAGUGGUUUGCUCUGAGCGAUGAAGCCGAGUAGACUUCCUGCCUGCCGAUCUUGUCGCAUGGCGACGACCAUGUAAUCAGUCAGCCUUCCUUCUGCUGCUGCUCUUCACACACCUGCACCACUCCGGCAGCUUUACUGCACCCACCCAGCUCACUGUGUUACUCAAUGUUUACUGUACUGUGUGCACUUCCACCAACCAAAGAGGAAAAAAAUAAAAUAGUUGUGUUGAGAGUUAAAACAGUUUAUUAAAGAGGAACUAAAGACGUUGACAGACGAGACGGCACUGAAGAGGUUUUGAUGUUGUAAGAGAACUUUACACUUCUCAAUGAAGUAUUUUUUCCAUGUUUUUAUAUAUUAAUUUUUUUUAUGUUUCAUUGGUCAAUAUUGAUGUCAUUUCAACCUUAUUUUAUAAAAUCCUUGCAGUGGAUGUUUCCACAGAAAUUCAUUUUUAAAGUGCCUUUUUUUCAAUCUUGUGUUUUAUCGUUUAUAUUUGCUUCACGUCAGCAGCUGUCUGUAGCUGUGCCUUUGCGAUAUCAGACUGAAUACUGUUUGCUAAAAAGCCAAAUAACAAUAAAAUGAUGUGGAAAAUCUCGCAACA